AUGCUGUGCUCUGUCGAAGAGCUGAGUGUCUAUGGGCAGCCCUGGCCCAGCCCUGGCCGGUGGGUGAGGCUGCAGGCCCCGAAUGGCAGGAAGGUCCACGGACAGUCAGUCUGGUUCCGGAAGCUGCUAAGCAAGAUCUGCUGGGAAAGGGAGCAGGCCAGCCUGUUCCUGCAGAGCCCCUACAGCUGUCUGCCUGCCCCGGGCACUGAGGGCCCCCACACCUGUUCCUUCCAGCUCACCCACUCACCCUUUGCCCUGGACAUUGGCAGCACUGUCCUCUCAUGCACCUCUCCUGCCUCCUGCAGAGAGCAGCCCAUUUUCACCACCCGCGCCCACGUCUUCCAGAUAGAUCCCAGCACCAAGAAGAACUGGGUGCCCGCCAGCAAGCAGGCUGUUACCGUCUCCUUCUUCUAUGAUGUCACCAGGAACAGUUACCGGAUCAUCAGUGUGGAUGGAGCCAAGGUGAUCAUCAACAGCACCAUCACGCCCAACAUGACCUUCACCAAGACGUCACAAAAGUUCGGGCAGUGGGCUGACAGCAGGGCCAGCUCUGUAUUUGGCCUGGGUUUCUCUUCUGAGCUGCAGCUGACAAAGUUUGCAGAGAAAUUUCAAGAGGUGAGAGAAGCUGCCAAACUAGCCCGAGAGAAGUCCCAGGACAAGCUCGAGACUGGAAGUGACCAUUCCCAGGAAUCCAGUUGUGAAGGCCCGUCCUCUGCGCAGGCCUCCAGCGUGAAUGGCACAGACGAUGAGAAGGCCUCGAGGGAUGCUGGUCCCAUCCACUCGCACCUGCGCUCCGAGAACAACAAGCUGAAGCUGGCCUUGACACAGAGUGCAGCCAACGUGAAGAAGUGGGAGGUGGAGCUGCAGACACUUCGGGAGAGCAACGCCCGACUGAAUUCGGCGCUGCAGGAGUCGGCGGCCUGCGCUGAGCAGUGGAAGCGCCAGUUCUCCGUGUGCCGUGACGAGAAUGACCGGCUGCGUAGCAAGAUUGAGGAGCUGGAAGAACAGUGUGGGGAGAUCAACCGGGAGAAGGAGAGGAACAGCCAGCUCAACAGGAGGAUCGACAGCACUGGGAUAUCGGAGUUGCAGGAGAAGGAGACGGAGCUGAAGGACCUCCGGAAGCAGAGCGAGAUCAUCCCACACGUCAUGUCUGAGUGUGACUAUAUCUCUGAGAAGUUAGAGGCAGCUGAGAGGGACAAUCAGAACCUGGAAGACAAGGUGAGGGCCCUGAAGACAGAUGUGGAGGAGAGCAAGUACCGGCAGCGCCACCUGCAGGUGGAGUUGAAGAGCUUCCUGGAGGUGCUGGACGGCAAGAUCGAUGACCUACAUGACUUCCGCAGGGGCCUGUCCAGGCUGGGCACCGACCACUAGCUCUGGACCCAUCCAGGCACUGACCAUCAGCCAACGGCCCCAUCCAGGCCCUGACCACCAGCCGAGGGCCUGGUGAGUUGCC